AUGAAUUGGGACAGCCAACAGUCCCCAAUUGGGGCGGGACGAGCAGACGAGGUUGCGGAACUCAUCGAUGCGGUCAAAUCUCUCAUAGUCCCAUUCGUCAGAGAAGCAGACGAGAAUGCACCCAUCAGGGCCGCAGGAGGGGACUCCCAGGCCGCUACAUGGCCUGCCAAUGCUCUCAUCCGCGGCGACCUCGUCCCCGCGAAGGACCUACACCAGAACCUCCGCGAUAUCCUGCCGGCGGACGAGGGCCUGGGCAAGGACGGCCUCACAGCUGCCAUCUCGCAAAUCUUGAAAUUCAGCGUCAACACCUGGGACCAGGGCUUCCUCGACAAGCUGUACAGCUCAACCAACGCCGUCGGUGUCGUCACGGAGAUGCUCUUGGCAUCGCUGAAUACGAACUUGCACGUAUACUCUGUCUCGCCUGCUCUGACCAUCAUCGAGAAGGUCACUGCUAAGACACUGGCCGGGCUGUUCGGAUUCGAUGGACCGCACGCUGGUGGUGUCACUGUCUCGGGAGGGAGCGCGUCGAACAUGACAUCCCUUGUCAUCGCCCGGUCUACGCUCUAUCCAAACACCAAGGCCUGCGGCAACGGCGUGUAUGAGUUUGUCAUCUUCACCAGCGAGCAUGGCCACUACUCGGUUGAGAAGGCCGCCAUGACGUGCGGAAUCGGCAAGAGCAACGUCUGGCUGGUACCGGUGGACAGGGCCGGGCGGAUAAUUCCAGCGCGGCUCGCAGCCAUGAUCCAGCAGGCGCGCAAGCAGGGCUUCACGCCCCUCUACGUGAACGCCACCGCCGGCUCUACAGUACUUGGGUCGUAUGACCCCUUGGAGGAGAUCUCCGCCAUCUGUAGGGCCGAGGGCUUGUGGAUGCACGUUGACGCCUCCUGGGGCGGGCCCGUCGCCUUCUCCGCGCAACUCCGCCAUAAGCUCAAGGGCGCACACCUUGCGAACUCGGUGACGGUCAACCCGCACAAGAUGAUGAACACCCCCGUCACUUGCUCCUUCCUGCUGGGACCGGACAUGCGCGUGUUUCAUAAGGCCAACAAGACGGAUGCUGACUACCUCUUCCACGGCGACGGCGCGGGCGACGACGAGGUCUACGACCUGGCGGACCUGACGCUGCAGUGCGGCCGCAGGGGCGACAGCCUCAAGCUCGCGCUGAGCUGGGUGUACUACGGGCCCAAGGGCUUCGAGAGGCAGGUCGACCACGCCUUUGAGAUGGCUGCGUACCUGGCCGCGGAGAUUGAGACCAGGGAGGGCUUUGCAUUGGUAUCGGAGACGCCGCCGCCAUGUCUGCAGGUGUGCUUCACAUACAAAUCUUCAGACGUGGCGGAGGAGAACACGAAGAGGACGGCCGAGAUGGUCAGGAGGUUGAAAGGCCGGGGCUUCAUGAUUGACUACGCCGCCUUCAACGGCUCGAGGAAAGAUGUGCCCAAGGGGAGCUUCUUCAGGGUCGUCGUCAACGUGCAGACACGGAGGGAAACCUUGACCGGGCUGAUCACGGCCUUGGAAGGAAUUGGUCGUGAUAUCGACUCGGGAUCAUGA